AUGGGUGCUUGUGUGUGUCAUGCAGAAAUCCUCCUCGUCUUCAAAAGCAGCAGCAACCCACAAUGCCAAUCCUUCGUGAGGUCAGCUGAAAAAUUGAAGUACCAUUGUACUGCGGUCAGCUCUGUUGAACAGGUCAUCGAUAAGUACAGGAGUACUUAUUUCGAUGUAGUCAUCGUCGACGCUAGGCAGGGCUCACUGAUCGAUCCCAUCGAGUGCUCCAAAAUAACCGAUCAUGACGCUAGUAGGAUGAUGUCAAUGAUCAAAGCAGGAUACACUAGGCACCUCCAUAGAAGGCUCAGUUUCAUAAUCAGCAUCUCAUGCGAAUUGCCGUAUGACGUCAUAUCUCUUAUCUUCAUCAUCUUUAUCACUAUCAUCUUCUUUAUCAACAAUAGCAUUCCUAUACCCCCAUCACCAUAA